CAUAUCACCAAUUAUACCUAUUUCAAGUAUAUUUGGUGGCUUAUACGAAGGCGGCAAAUCCAUCGCAUGUAAACAUCUGGACCUCCAGUCCUACCUCGGAAACUCCUGUCGCUCCGUAACGCUCUACAUCAACAUUAAUUACGCCAAGUACAGGUGCAAGUGUUUGUUUACACUUGACUCGGACCUUACUUGUGACCUUUAUCCCCGCCAUGAUCCCAAUCGAAUGGUACACAUACUCCAUGUUCCCGGUUUAUUUCCCAAAUUUUGUAAUAACCUGCUGGCUCUUCGCCAUGUCCACCUUCGCUAUAAUAAUCGAUUACCUUUUGAUCCCAACGAUUACUCGCAUAGAUUCCACACCUUCCGACAACAGUCACGGAUUUGGAGAUCACUCACUACUUACGACGACGAUUUCCGCGACUUCCCUGAUCGGAUCUAUGACUUUGUCAAUAAGUGCUAUUAUCGUCCAUACGAAGUGCGAACUCUCCUGCUGGGAGUUCCCAUGGCGGCUGCCUUACAUACGAAGGUUGACCUGUUCGCGGUGGAAAUGCCGCUUUAGUCCUCACUAUUGCAUCGCGGGCAGAAGAACUGAAGGAAAUCGUUACUGAUGUCGACGGUGAACGGGUAAUAAAGGGUCUACAGCGUUUGGAUCUAUCUGAUUUGCGAGGUAAGUGAAGGAAAUUCCACUGGCAAU